AUGCGCGCGCAACCCACGCUGACGCAGGAUGCCAGCAUGCACAUCUCGUGGGCGCCGUCCCAAAAGUGCGACGACAGCCCCGGCGGCAACUGCGCGCUCUGCAACGAGUUUGCGCUGCAGUGCCUGGUCUGCCUGGGCGGCUACGGCUUCAACUCGCGGGGGCAGUGCCAGAAGUGCACGGACGCGGGCAUUCAGCUGUGCCUGACCUGCGACCUCAAGACCAAGCCCGCCAAGUGCCUCAAGUGCCUGGGCGUGCCCACCCACGACGUGCCCCUCAGCUGGAGCAACCCGGGCUUCCCGGUGUACCAGGCCCCCAACGGCAGAUGCAAGCGGUGCGACCGCGUGGAUAACAUUGGGUGCCUGACGUGCGACCCCACGGGCUCCCGCUGCACCCAGUGCAACGACGGCUUCUACCUCAUCGGCGGCACGUGCCGCCGGUGCGAGGGCGAGAACUGCGAGAAGUGCAACCAGCUGGGCAAGUGCACCAAGUGCGUCAGCAGCAAGCGGGGGCCCAGCUACGGGCUGACGGCGGAGAAGAAGUGCAAGCUGUGCCGCUCCGAGGGCUGCGUGUCGUGCGACGCCGACUGGCGCAAGUGCACCCGCUGCAUGGACGGCCUGCCCAGCAUCGGCGAGCGCGGCUACGGCCACGACGGCAAGGGCAACUGCCUGCCGUGUGCGAGCCCGCUGUGCGCCAAGUGCCAGCGCGACUACAAGAAGUGUACCGUGUGCACCACCAACCCGUACUCCACGGUGCCAACCUACCUCACCCCCACCGGGCAGUGCAAGAAGUGCCUCAUCCCCGGCUGCAUGGCGUGCAGCGCCAGCGGCCAGACGUGCACCCAGUGCCAGGACGGCUAUGUGCGCACCGCCGACAAGCUGUGCGCCAAGCUGCCCAAGUGCACUGUGCCCAACUGCUACGACUGCCGCGGCAACCGCGCGGGCUGCAACAAGUGCGCCCCCAAGUACUACAUGGCCAAGCCCAACCGGUGCCAGAGGUGCAUGGAGCGGUGCGAGGUGUGCCACCCCGGCAAGUUCAACUGCAAGAAGUGCGUUCUCAACUACGGCCUGGUCAAGGGCGCCUGCCUCAAGUGCGACACCAAGAACGCAGAGUACUCGUUCUGCGAGGAGUGCAACGGCAACAACAAGCGCUGCACCAAGUGCUGGCCCGCCGACAAGUUCAGGCCAGACCCCAAGACGGGCGGCUGCGUGCGCUACCGCCUGCCAGACACCAUCUGGUGA